CCCGGUAAUAGCUACACAGCCGUCUUCUCUCUUCAGCCACUUGGCAUCUUCGUCUCAUUCUCCGUCGGGCAGGCGUAUUAAGAGCAACGACUAGGAGAUUUACUUUCUCAACUAAGUUAAAGUCAGUGACAACCAUGGCAGCUGUUCAAGAACACCCUGGGAAUCUAAAACGCCAGCUGGAGAAUCUCUUUGAUGCGUCUCUUAGAUCAACGGUUCCUCAUGAAACUAGUGUUGAGACAGAAGUUACUGCUUGCCUUCCUGGGAGACCUGGAGAUUACCAAUGUAACAAUGCAAUGGGUCUCUGGUCCAUUAUUAAAGGAAAGAAAACUCAGUUCAAAGGUCCUCCAGCUGUUGGACAGGCUCUUUUGAAGAAUCUACCUGCUUCUGAGAUGGUGGAGUCAGAGUUAUGCUCUGUGGCUGGACCUGGUUUUGUUAAUGUCAUACUAUCAUCCAAGUGGAUGGCUAAGAGUAUUGAAACUAUGCUUAUCGAUGGGAUUGACACAUGGGCGCCUACUCUACCAGUUAAGAGAGCUGUAGUUGAUUUUUCAUCUCCAAACAUUGCUAAAGAGAUGCACGUUGGUCAUUUAAGACCAACUAUCAUCGGUGACACGCUUGCUCGCAUGCUUGAGUACUCAAAGGUUGAAGUUCUGCGCAGAAACCAUGUUGGUGAUUGGGGAACACAGUUUGGGAUGCUCAUUGAGUAUCUCUUUGAGAAGUUUCCUGAUACAGAGAGUGUCACUGAGACAGCAAUUGGUGAUCUUCAGACGUUUUACCAAAAAUCAAAGAGUAAAUUUGAUUAUGAUCCGGAGUUCAAGGAAAAGGCACAAAAAUCUGUAGUCCGUCUACAGGGAGGAGAUCCUACUUACCUCAAGGCCUGGACUAAGAUUUGUGAUAUUAGCCGAGCCGAGUUUUCCAAGAUUUAUCAACGCCUUGGAGUUGUUCUUGAAGAGAAGGGAGAGAGCUUCUACAAUCCCUAUAUCCCUAAAGUAAUUGAGGAACUAAAUAGCAAGGGUUUGAUUGAAGAAAGUGAGGGUGCUCGUGUCAUUUUCCUUGAAGGCUUCAGCAUCCCACUCAUAGUUGUAAAAAGUGACGGUGGUUUUAACUAUGCCUCUACAGAUCUUACUGCUCUUUGGUAUCGGCUUAAUGAAGAGAAAGCUGAGUGGAUUGUAUACUUGACUGAUGCUGGCCAACAUCAGCAUUUUAGCAUGUUUUUCAAAGGUCUUGGCAAUGGUUAUAUGAAUCAGGCUGCAAGAAAAGCUGGUUGGCUACCAGAGAGUGAUAAAACUUACCCUAGAGUUGACCAUGUUGGCUUUGGUCUCGUCAAGAGAAACGAUGGCAAGCCGUUUAAAACUCGGUCUUCAAAGGUAGUUCGACUAGUUGAUUUGCUAGAUGAGGCCAAGACUCGCGGCAAAGCUGCCCUUGUUGAGCGUGGUAAAGACAAAGAAUGGACUCCAGAGGAGCUGGACCAAACAGCUGAGGCUAUUGGAUAUGGUGCAAUAAAGUAUGCUGACUUGAAGAACAACAGAUCGACUAGUUAUACUUUCAACUUCGAUCAAAUGCUUAGUGACAAGGGAAACACAGCCGUUUACCUUCUUUACGCACAUGCUCGGAUCUGUUCAAUCAUUAAAAAGUCUGGCAAAGACAUUGAUGAGCUUAAAAAGACAGGGAAGUUAGCAUUGAAUCAUCCAGAAGAACGAGCAUUAGGGCUUCACUUGCUUCGAUUUGCUGAGACGGUUGAGGCAGCUUGUACCAACUUGUUACCGCAUGUUCUCUGCGAGUACCUAUACGAGUUAUCUGAACGCUACACCACAUUCUAUUCAGUUCAUCAGGUGAUUGGUUCAGCAGAGGAGGCAAGCCGUCUUCUACUUUGUGAAGCAACAGCUAUAGUGAUGAGGAAAUGCUUUCACCUUCUUGGAAUCACCCCUGUUUACAAGAUUUGA